UGGUUGCUUUUGCCAUCAUGCUUACGGUAAUUCCUGUUGUCUUCGUAUAAGGAUUGGGAUAUCCGAGGAUUCUUCACUUCAGCCAUGGACACCAGCUCUGAUCUUCUGCGGUGAUUUGGUUAUUCUCCUCGUCAAGCUUGAAACUUUUUCUCUCAAAAUCGGUCAUUUCGUCGUUCUUUCGUAAAUUCACUGCGAUUAUUCGGCAAAAAUGUCUUCUCUGGUGGGUCAAAUGGUUCUUCCCUCUGAGAAUGGCCACAGAGUUUGGGAAGAUCAGACCUUUUUCCGGUGGAAAAAGAGAGAUGCUCAUGUCAUUUUGCGUUGCCAUGAUUCCAUCGAAGGAUCUCUGAGGUACUGGUAUCAACGAAAUAAUGUGGAUCUCACCGUGGCCAAAUCUGCUGUCUGGAAUGAUGAUGCCGUUCAAGCAGCUCUCGAUAGUGCCGCCUUUUGGGUCGACGGGUUGCCUUUUGUCAAGUCGUUAUCGGGUUAUUGGAAGUUUUUCUUGGCUUCUAGUCCUACCGGUGUUCCUGAGAAAUUUUUUGAUUGUGCGUUUUCAGAUUCAGAGUGGGCAAGUUUGCCAGUUCCUUCUAACUGGCAGAUGCAUGGAUUUGAUCGGCCUAUAUAUACAAAUGUUGUGUACCCUUUUAUAAAUGAUCCUCCUCAUGUUCCUGGGGAUAAUCCUACUGGCUGCUACAGAACCUACUUCGAGAUUCCCAAGGAGUGGCAAGGUAGAAGAAUAUUUGUUCACUUUGAAGCUGUUGAUUCUGCAUUCUUUGCUUGGGUAAAUGGCAAUCCCGUCGGGUAUAGUCAAGACAGCAGGUUGCCUGCUGAAUUUGAAAUUUCGGAUUACUGCUAUCCAUGGGAUUCAGGGAAAACAAAUGUUCUAGCUGUCCAAGUCUUUAGAUGGAGCGAUGGUUCGUACCUUGAAGACCAAGAUCAUUGGUGGUUGUCAGGGAUUCACCGAGAUGUACUUUUGUUAGCAAAGCCAAAGGUCUUCAUUGCUGACUACUUUUUCAAAUCGAAAUUGGCUGAGGAUUUCUCAUAUGCAGACAUGCAGGUUGAAGUGAAAUUAGAUAAUACGAAGGAGACUUCUAAGGAUGCAGUUCUCUCUAACUUUGCCAUAGAAGCUGCUCUAUAUGAUCCUGAAAGUUGGUCCAACUCCGGAGGAUAUACCUACAAACCAUCUCCGAGCGUGGCUAAUCUGAAGUUUAAUCCUUCACCAAGCCAAAGUUUAGGAUUUCAUGGUUAUAUGCUCGAGGGAAAACUCAAUGCUCCAAAGUUGUGGUCCUCAGAACAGCCAAAUCUUUACAUUCUUGUGGUAACUCUCAAAGAUACAUCUGGGCAAGUGGUUGAUUGUGAAUCGAGCAUUGUUGGCCUUCGCCAAAUAACAAAGUCCUUCAAGCAGCUUCUUAUUAAUGGACAGCCAGUUAUUAUAAAAGGUGUCAACAGGCAUGAGCAUCAUCCGUGUGUGGGGAAGACAAAUAUAGAGUCCUGCAUGGUCAAGGAUUUAGUUUUGAUGAAGCAAAAUAAUAUAAACGCGGUGAGAAACAGUCAUUAUCCACAACAUCCCCGGUGGUAUGAGUUAUGUGAUUUGUUCGGCAUGUACAUGAUUGAUGAAGCCAACAUAGAGACACACGAUUUUUAUCUCUCUAAACAUCUGAAGCACCCUGCGGAAGAGCCGAGCUGGGCAGCUGCUAUGUUGGACCGAGCAGUGGGUAUGGUUGAGAGAGACAAAAAUCAUGCAUGCAUAAUUUCUUGGUCACUGGGAAACGAGGCUGGGUAUGGCCCUAACCAUUCUGCUAUGGCCGGUUGGAUUAGAGAAAAAGAUCCCUCGCGAUUUUUGCACUACGAAGGUGGUGGAUCUAGAACUUCUUCUACUGAUAUAGUAUGCCCUAUGUAUAUGCGUGUUUGGGACAUUGUCGCGAUUGCAAAAGAUCCGAAUGAACCACGCCCUUUGAUAUUGUGCGAGUAUUCACAUGCAAUGGGUAACAGCAAUGGUAAUAUUGAUGAGUACUGGAAUGCAAUUGACAACACCUUUGGGCUUCAAGGAGGUUUCAUAUGGGACUGGGUUGACCAGGGGCUGCUGAAGCUUGAUUCAAACGGCAUUAAGCGAUGGGCAUAUGGAGGAGACUUUGGUGACGAGCCUAAUGAUUUGAACUUCUGUCUGAAUGGGAUUGUUUGGCCAGACCGAACUCCUCAUCCAGCAAUGCACGAGGUUAAGCACUGUCAUCAACCCAUCAAGGUUUCAUUGACGGAAGGCACACUCAAGAUAUCAAACAAUUUUUUCUUUGAAACCACACAAGGAUUGGAGUUUAACUGGGUGGUUCAUGGUGAUGGUUAUCAACUUGGAUCUGGGGCCCUUUCUCUUCCUGUGAUAAACCCACAGAGCAGCUUUGAUAUGGAUUGGAAGUCAGGUCCAUGGUAUCCCUUCUGGGAUACCUCAAACUCUGGAGAAAGUUAUCUAACGAUAACCUCCAAGGUUAAAAAUUCUACUCGCUGGGUUGAAGCUGGUCAUCUUUUGUCUUCAGCACAGAUUAACUUACCUGCAAAGAGACAUAUAAUACCACAAGUUAUCAAAAGCACAGAUGCCCUUAUCACUAGUGAAAUGUUAGAUGAUUCAAUCAAGAUCAACCAGCAGAACUCAUGGGAGCUCACGGUAAAUGUCCGAACUGGAGCCAUAGAAAGCUGGAAGGUUCAAGGUGUUACCCUGAUGAACAGAGGCAUACUGCCAUGCUUCUGGCGAGCACCAACAGACAAUGACAAAGGUGGAGGUGACUCUAGUUAUUACUCAAGGUGGAAAGCAGCACAUAUGGAUAAUGUUGCUUUCCUUACAGAAAGCUGUUCUCUGACGAGUAUCACAGACCGAUCCAUGAAAAUAGAGCUAGUUUAUCUUGGUAUCCCCGGAGGAAAAGGAGUUUCUACUUCUGAGUCUACAAAAUCAGAUGCCUUAUUCAAGGUUAGUGUGACAUAUAUGAUCUAUGGUUCUGGAGAUAUCAUCACUGAAUGGUCUGUGGAACCAAGCCCUACUCUUCCACCUUUACCAAGGGUAGGCAUUGAAUUUCACAUUGAGAAGACACUGGACCGGGUUGCAUGGUAUGGCAGAGGACCAUUCGAGUGUUAUCCAGAUCGGAAAGCAGCAGCCCAUGUGGGGAUAUAUGAACAGAAGGUGGAAGAUAUGCAUGUUCCUUAUAUUGUUCCAGGAGAAUGUGGGGGUAGGGCUGAUGUUAGGUGGGUAACUUUCCAAAACAAGGAUGGAAGGGGAAUCUAUGCUUCGACAUAUGGUAGCUCUCCCCCUAUGGAAAUGAGUGCAAGUUACUAUACCACUGCAGAGCUUGAUCGUGCAACCCACCAUGAGGAGCUUAUCAAAGGAGAAGACAUUGAGGUGCAUCUCGACCAUAAACACAUGGGUGUUGGAGGAGAUGAUAGUUGGACCCCCUGUGUCCACCAGAAGUAUCUGAUUCCUCCGGUACCAUACUCUUUCUCUAUGAGGUUGAGCCCGAUUACUCCAGCUACGUCGCCCAUCGACCUCUACAAGAAUCAACUUCCAAGCUAGGGCAAGUCUCAUUGAAGAGGUUUUUGCAUUGUUUGGAUGCUGAAUCUCAAUCUGCAAUUGAACUGAACUUGGCAUUAUGAGGUUGGAAUAAGGUUUCUGAGGGAACCCUUCGUGUUUUAUGGCGUCGGAAUAGUCGUGCUUGUAACUUGAAGCUUGUGACCGAGUUGACCAUCCCUAAAACUAAAUGACAAGAAAGGGAAGAGAUGAGGUACACUGACUUCAGACAUUGAAACUGGUUAUCAGACUGAGCUUUUGUUUGGUUGGGAACGCAUCAAAAGAGUUAUGUUGUGGUCCCUUUAUCCAUAUCGGGUCCUUCACAAUUCACAA